UGAAUAUAAAUAUCUACCAGUCAUUCAGUUUAUUUAAUUUUGUGCUUUUAUACGCACAAGUAAGCUAUUUAAUUAUGUUCAUCAAGUUACACUUUCAACAAAUUUACAAUUUAGUACAAAUCAAAUUAUAUAAAUCAUUGCUUUUUAUAUCUUUUCCGUUGGGUAUGAACUACUUCACCAGCAACAUCUUUUCAAAGAAGAGGAUCUCUGACUUCUCAACCCCAGUGAAUAAUUUAAUUUAUUCCAUGUGUUUAUUAGCUGUCGAUUGGUGAAUGUGAUUCUCUGUUAAUCAAUUGAUUGUUUUAACCAUAGAUAUGUUAACCAGCAAUCCAAAAGAUGGCGGUACUGAAAUGAUAGUGAAAAUGAAUUUGGUCUUAAAAUUAAGCCAUCGCUGGAUUUCUUGUUUGGUUUUAAAUUGUGAAUUAGCAUGUUAAAAUUAUACGAUUAAAUUGUGAUUAAUAUAAAACUAAUUUUAUCUCUCUCUACGUUUAUUAUCUCUAUUGUAGUGUGGUGGCCUCUCUUCAUAUUAAAAUACUCAGAUCGACUCUGGUGAAAGAUGGAUUUUUCAAUGAAUAACAACCUUGUGGAUAUAACCAAAAAUGUGGUUGAUGUCAAUCCUAUGGUUUUAAUUGAAAUGGGAAUGAUUAUUCAAAAUGACGAACAAGAGACCAACUACAGUCAACAACAAGAGGAGGAAGACCGAAUGCAUAUUCAAAUGCAACACAAAAUUCGCCAACAAAUGCUUCUCAUGCAUCUUGACAAAUUACGAGCCAAAGAUAAGAAAAGGAAACUUGCUCAACCUCAGCCUCAACAAUCAUCUAACUUUGGUGGGGAACGCAACAAUGAAGGUCUUAUUUUUCUCGAAGAUGAUGGUUCUCAGCCUCAAAAUAGUUCAUCAGAUGAUCAAGUUCUAGGAUCACUGGAUAUCUCAGAGCACUGGAGUCAAAAGCAUUCUAGCAAUCCUCAAGUGUCUAAAUGGCUUGGUUCUAUGUUGAGGAGUCUUGAUCAAGCGCAUCACUAUGUUAAAAGUAGUGGACGAAAAACUGAACAAUGGAGUAAAUUUUUUCCUUCAGCAUCUCACAGUUUUGAAAGCAGGUGUGCAGAUUUAAGACAAGAUUUAUUGAGGCUUGAGCUCAAUAUUGAAAGAUUUCAAAAUAUUUUUACUAAACAACUAGACAAAGCAGAAAUGAAAAUGAAAUCGUUCAUUGCUGAUUUUCAUCUUGAGACAUUUGCACACGAGAUGGGAGAGGAUGACGAUGACGAGGCUAGAGACAAUCGAGAGGAAAGCUCUAUCGAAUCUUCUCAAUAUGAGUCACAUUCAGGUGCUAUAAAUGAUCGAACUAAUAGCUCCAUAAGGGAUCGAUCAAGUGGGAAAAUGAGUGGUUCAUUCAACGACUUUUCUACGCAAAAUGAUUUAAGUGACAAUGAAGGGGAAGCAUUGAUAGACUGUCGUGAUAUGGAGCCAGUUCCUGAAAUUAGAGAUGUAAAUAGUGACUCACCUAUCCCUGUGGAUGAAUUCAGUGGAGACAUAAAUCUAAUAGACUCUGAGGAUGAGGAAUCAAACUACAUUUGUGUAAAAAGUACUUCAUCGCGUGUGAGUCCAUCUCCACCACCACCAUCUUUAUCACCAACACUCAAGCCUACUGUGACCAUUAAAUCAGUUAAAUUAUCUUCUACGCCCAAUGUAAACAAAGUAAAUUCUGAUACAAGUUCUAAAGGCGAAGUAAGCUCUACCAAAGGGCCACAAAACAAACGUAAUGCUCUUCGACUUUCAGCUAAACGUUCCAACCAAUCAACUCCGGAAACAUCGUCAACAACCAAAUUGAAAACUUCGAAUCAAAAAAGAAAACGUUAAUCAAGUCAAAGGAAGAAGUCAUUUAAGAAAUAGAUUAAUGCAUCUUUGAUGAAGAUGAGAGCGAAUUUUUGAAUAAUUUUGAAUAAUUUUGAAUACUGAAACAACUGUAUUUCAAUUUGAUUGUGAUCUAAUAGAAACAUUGAUAUUUUAUUUAGUAACGAUGGAACGAAAGAUGAUACCGUAAAAGACAAAAAUUUUAUGUAAACUAUCAAAAUGAUUUUUGGUUGUUCAACUUUAUUAUACAUUGAAUGAUGAACAAUAUUAAAAAUUUCUUCCUUGA